CACACACACCCUAUAAGCUGGAGGUAAAGGCGCGCACGCGUGGGUUCUGUGUUGAAGAUCCAGCGGUUGCGCCGUGCUCGUGGCCGUGGCCGUGUACGCGCGUGGGAGAACUCACACUGUUUUUUUCUCCUUCUUGCACGAGGACUUAUCGGUGCGGCGAUGGAAACGGUAAUAACGCGGCAAAUACCAUCACAGUGUUAAUUAAGGAGGAGCGAAAGUAGGAGAAGAGGAGAAGAAGAAGAAGCUGAGAGAGAAGAAAUGAAGACGCACAGAGCGGAGGACAGAACAUAGAGUGAGUGGACCAGCGCGCGCACACAGAACCUUCACAUCGACCGGGGGGAGAACAGAAGAUAAAUACCGUGUUAUAUUACAGAAGAGUUUUAAUUAAAAGGCAGAAGUGCGUGGAUCAAGAGGAAGAUGGGGUUCUGUUCAGGGUGCUGGAUCUCUGUCAUGUCUGCGCUGCUCGCGCUGCUGCUCAUCCCACUGGACGCACAGGCUAACUCUGUGCUGAGAAACAUGACCGAGUCUGCAAACUCCACCUCUGUGGCAGCAGGAAGUGAGGGAACAAAGCUGGAUGAGGAGAUGUCCAAACCAGUCAGCAACAUGUUCCUCAUCCUCCGUUCUGGACGCAAGCCCAGAGAUGGAGGGGAGCUCGGAAGUGGACUUCAGGAAGAUGAAAAUCCUCUGACCUCCACACCGUCCCCUACAGAGACGAUAACUGAGGACCAAAAACUCAGCCCUGACUCUGCAGAGACUGACCAUCUUCUACCCGAAGUGCCAAAAAAGGAUCUUCCUAGCAUGUCCACUAAGAGCCACUGGGAUGAAGAUAAAAUGGAGUAUGCGCUGUUAGAUUUGGACACGACUCAAGACUCGGACCUGCACCAUCGGGAGCCUCCGACUACAAUGACCCCAUUCCCGUCCCAUUCCCCGUCCCAUACCGAGUUCCUCACAGUGGAUUUCCUCGACACCAGAUCCCGUGGUAAUGAAUUCGUCCCUCCGUCUCCUACAGCCCAUGAGCUUCAGGGUCGCGACCCCACCUCUUGGGCAAUGCCCAACAAUUACGAAUACCUCACUGUCUCUCCCUCCUCAGAAGAAGACACCACCAAACCCGAAGAGUAUGACGAGGAUCUGACCACCACACCUCCACCACCUCCACCCAGGACCUUCCACCCUCACAUCCCAAACCCCUUUAUCCCUGCUCAGGAAAGAGAUCCACCCACUAACCAUAAGAAACUGGGGAAGAGCAGCAGUGCUGGGUGUCACGUGGGUUCUGUGCUCGUGAACGGAACCUGCAAGUCUCAGUGCGAUACCAUGCCGAAUUACUGUUUCAACGGAGGUCAGUGCUUCGUGCUGGAAGGAACUGGAGUCUUCUGCAGGUGUAACAUUCAGGACUACGUGUGGCACAAAGGCGCUCGCUGUGAGUCGGUCAUCACCGAGUUCCAGGUCAUGUGCAUCGCCAUCGGAGCCUCGGCGCUCACCGUGCUGCUGCUCUUCAUGAUCAUCGUCUGCUUCGCCAAGAAACUGCAUGUGCUCAAGACCGAGAACAACAAACUGCGCAAGCGGAGCAGCAGUAAGUACCGCCCGUCGUCGGAGCAGCACAAUGAUAAUUUCUCUCUGUCCACCAUCGCUGAGGGCUCCAACCCAAACGUAAGGAAACUGUGCGACUCUCCUCCUCAUGCUCGUGCUUUGGCUUACUAUGAUAACAUUAUCUGUCAGAAAACGAUGAGCAGAUACACCUGGGAGUGUAAGACCAAAGAGGAGCCGAGCUGUGAGGACGAUCCGAACUCCCAGAAUAAGCUGGAGGACACGGUGAAGUCUCCUCCACCCAAAGAGGACGAGUCUCUGAACAUCCAGAACUCACUCACCCCGAAACACGAGAACCACAAAGUUCUGGGUGAGGAGAACUCCUCGGAGGUAAACUCGCUGCAGAACAACAUGAUGUAGAGGAGAAAUCAAACGACAAACCACACAGAUUCACCUCCACCUUCGCCACCACAAAGUCUAUAAACCCACCCCCUUCACUCUUACACCCAAUGAGAGUCCACUUAUAGGUCCCGCCCCUUUUUCUCAAGUCUGUUUGCCCACUUUUGCCUCACCCUUUACCCACACACACACACACACACACUCACACACACACACACACACACACGUGAUAGGCAAUAUGAUUCAGUUCAGCGAUUCAAUUGUUUUGAACAACUGAUUUGAAUCAAUCAAACUCUUGAUUCACUUGAUUCCUGACUCACAGCAGCUAUACUAACCCUCACUCACAAAUCCUCUGUCUAUAAAUUCCCAUUUCCCUGAAGGUUUAACGGCUGAUAAAACAAUUACUUUCAUUUUUACAACAGUGGCUUUUAAAGAAUGAUUCAAUUAUAUGAAUGAAAGAACAGUGUGUGUGUGUGUGUGUGUGUGUGUGUGUUUUCAACAAAGCAUCAGGACAUCAAACCUACACAUCAUAUAUGUCAAUAAAAAAAAUACAUUAAAAGAAGAAAGAAUUUCAUUCAUUUUGAGAAACAUUCAGUAAGAAUCGAGUCUGAUUCAUGAACAAACGAUUCACUGCCUUUAUCUGUAAGGAGAAAUGAAGUGAGUUGAACUUUAUGAGAAAAAACACAUACUUUUUUAAUCAUCUAGGACAUGCUGCUCCUGAUCUCUGGUGCUUAUGAACUGAUUCAUCUGAUUCAGUUAAAAGAGUCAUUCAGCAAGAAUGAAUCAUUUACCAAUUUGAAGAGGAGUUUGAAUUGAUUCACUUUGAGUCGUUCAAAAAGAUUGAAUCCUAAUAUGCCAAUCACACACACACACACACACACACACAAAAGACACACACACACACACACACACACAAAAGACACACACACACACACACACACACACAAAAGACACACACACACACACACACAAAAGACACACACAAGACACACACACACACAAGACACACACACAGACACACAGACACAAACACAUAAAAGACACACACACACACAGACACACACAAGACACACACACACAAGACACACACACACACACACAGACACACACAAGACACACACACAGACACAAACAAAUAAAAGACACACACACACACACACAAGACACACACACACACACAGACACACACACACACACAAAUAGACACACACACACAGAGACACACACAGACACACACACACACACAAACAGACACAAACACAUAAAAGACACACACAAGACACACACACACACACAAGACACACACACAGACACAAACACAAUAGACACACACACACACACACAAGACACACACACAGACACAAACACAAUAGACACACACACACACACACAGGACACACACACACACACAAGACACACACACACACACAGACACACAAACACAAUAGACACAUACACACACACAGGACACACACACACACACAAGACACACACACACACACACAAGACACACACACACACAGACACACACACAGACACACAAACACAAUAAAGACACACACACACACAAGACACACACACACAGACACACAGACACACACAAGACAGACACACACACACAGACACACACAAGACACACACAUAGACACACAGACAUACACACUAGACACACACACACAGACACACACACACACACACACACACAGACACACACACAGACACACACACACAAGACACACACACAAGACACACACACACACACACAGACACACACACAAGACAAACACACACAGACACACACACAGACACACACACACACACACAGACACACACACAGACACACACACACAAGACACACACACAAGACACACACACACACACACAGACACACACACAAGACAAACACACACAGACACACACACAGACACACACACACACCUUUGAUUUCUGGCAUGCGUCGGUGUAUUUUGUAUAAAGAAUAAAGAAGACUAACCCGUGUAUGAGGUUUAAAGUGUAAAGUGUUGUGCUAUAGAGAGUGUUCACUCAGAGACUCGGUGUUCGGUGUCUGACUAAUUCAGUGUGUGUGUUUAAAUAUCAGAUCUCUAUCAGAUCAGCUCGGAUUGAUGUAAAGAUCAAAGCGCAGUGUGUGUCUCUGUUUCUUUGAUGUGAUUUCUAAUCCUUUGAUGUACUUGUUUUUAUUUUGUACUUUUUUGGAAACAGAUCAAAAAAAUCACACACUUGUUGAAAUAAAUCUUUUUAACAUGAA